AUUGUUAUUUUUUAAAUUUUUUUAUUAUUUUCCUGCCGUUUUAAGAGAAAGAAAUUGUUUUAAUACCACCAAAUAAAAAAUAAAAAUAAAAAGACCAUUUUCGUUUUCCAAUUAAUUACCAUUUUUUUUUUCCUCCUCUGUAACUUUGUAUAUAUCACUCUUGGUGGAGGAAUGCUUGUCACCUACUCCUUUUUAGUUCCCACUCUCUCUCUCAUAGAAAGAGAGAAAGAGAAAGCAAAGAGCUUCACACAAGCUCUUUGAGAGAGAGAAAUAGGCAGUAUUUUUUUUUUUUUUUCUUAUUCUGUGUGCUCUCUGUUUUUGCUCUGUUUUCUGGGAUUUGGGUAUUUGUAAAUGGAGAAGCAUAAGUGUAAGCUCUGCUUGAGGAGCUUCUCUAAUGGAAGAGCUUUGGGAGGUCAUAUGAGGUCUCACAUGAUGAACCUGCCUGUUCCUCCAAAACCUGAAGAUGAAGAAGAAUCACCACCACCACCACCACCACCACCACCACAACCACAACAAACACAAUCACUACAACCUCAACCACAUCCCAUCCAACUCACUGAAGAGGCCGAGUCAGCUUCAUCUUCUUCAUCUUCUUCCGAUGAAGAAGGAACAGAGGAUGGAGAUGAAGAGAAGCUUGGUGCGUAUUAUGGGCUGAGAGAGAAUCCAAAGAGAAGCAUUCGUUUGGGAGAUCCUGAGUUCUCUUUUGCUGUGGAUGCUGGGUCUGUGGUGCUUCAGGACAGAGAGAGUGAGACCGAGUCGUCGAAGAACCCAACUCGGAGACGAUCCAAGAGGACUCGAAAAUCGGGUAUGUCAGAACUUCAAUACCACCACCACCACCACCACCAGAAAAUUGAAGAGCAAGAAGAGGGUGUUAUGAAUAAUAACAAUAAGAUUAAAUUCAACAAACUGAGUAAGACCGAGUCAUGGGCUGAGCCAGAACCGGUGAGUUCGGUUUCUGAUACAACCACGGAAGAAGAUGUUGCUUUUUGUCUCAUGAUGCUAUCAAGGGACAAAUGGAAAAAACAAGAACAACAACAGGACGAAAAAGAAGACCAAGAAGAAGAACAAGAAGAUGAAGGUGAGAGAUCCUUGGAGGACACUGAUGAAUCCGAGGAGCUCAAAUCUUCUAAGAAUAGAACACGAGGGAAGUAUAAGUGUGAAACAUGCAAGAAAGUGUUUCGAUCUUAUCAAGCACUUGGUGGGCACAGAGCAAGCCACAAGAAGAUCAAACUCUCAAAUCCUACUUACGAGGCUGAAUUGGUGCAAGAGAAUGCAGGAACUUCGAGCUUUAUCCAGGAUAAGAAAAUCCAUGAAUGCCCAGUUUGUUUCAGAGUUUUCUCAUCUGGGCAAGCUCUUGGUGGGCAUAAGAGAUCCCAUGUUACUGGUUCAUCAGCAACUAAUUCUGUGAAAAGCUUAAUUAAGUUCGGAGGAGACAGUUUGAUAGAUCUUAAUCUUCCUGCUCCUAUGGAUGAUGAUGAAAUUAGCCAAAUCGAGCUCUCAGCAGUGUCUGAUGCAGAAUUUGUGAAAACCCAUUAGGCAAUGAAGCUUUUCACAUUCGGUUUUUCUCCCACAGAUUAGCUCGAUUCAAAAGGUACAAAUUUUUGGUCACACUUUUCGGUGAUGCUUGGAUCUGAUAUUAUGUCAAAAUUGUUCUGCCAGAGAGGUUUUUUUUUUUUUUUUUUUUUUUUUUCAAAAGUUAUUUUACUCUAUAUUUAUAAGUCGCUCUUCUUUCAUGUUCUAACUGUAAUUCAUUUUCUUUAAAAAAAACUCUGUUUUGUUUCUGUAACAAACUAAUUCUGAAACAUUCAACAACAAUGGAAGAAGGAACUUCAAAUUUUAUAUAUUUUAUUUAGUUUUGCUUCCUUUCUUAGUUGCAAUUUGCUGUUAAAUAUGAAAAACUGGCAUUCUGGUUAGUGGGUUCUGUCUUACCCCUCACAUCGUCUUUAGCUGACUGUUCCACCAUUUUUUUUUUCUUUUUUUUUUUUUUUUUUUUUUUUUUUUGAGGUUCUUUCGGUAUUUGAAAAAGUCGUUCUCAAAGAAGUUGAUCGACCUAAUUGUUUUUAUUAUUAGAAAAGUAACUUCCACCCCUUAUUACGGACAUUGUACAGUCAUGAAGAGGAAGCUAAUUCUUUCUUAUCUGCUACUGUACCAUUCUGUCUCUGUCUGAAACUACUACAAAAGCUUUAUACUUGCAGAUCUGCGUAACCAGUGGGAG